UCUCCGCCGUGCGUGACGUCACCAGCUGGGAUCCCGAAGAUGGCGACGACAGGGACGCUGCGGCUUCAGCGCAUCUUCUCGGCCUUCCUCCUCCUCCUCCUGCUCGGCAUGCCGGGCCGCUGCGAGGAGCAGGUGCCGCUCCUCGUGUGGACACACGAAUGGACCGCCCAAGCGAGCCCGCCCCCCGCUGUGGCGGGUCACAUCGUGGAGCAGCAGCAACUGGCCUCCUACCUGGACAAAACUUUAAAGACGGGCCCCCGUAACGUGGUGCUGUUUCUUCAGGACAAGAUGAGCCUGGAGGACUUCACCCUGUACGGAGGAGCUUUCGGAAACAAGCAGGACAGCGUUUUCCCCAAUCUGGAGAGCGCUCUCAGGUCCUCGUCGUCCUCCCUGGUGCUUCCCGCCGUGUCCUGGCCCGCCUCCAACGCCUUGAUCGGUCACCUGCAAGACCACCUUGGGACCUCCCCUCUGUACAUGGACCCCGAGACGCUGAGUCAGCUGCGACUCAACGCCUCCUCGCCGGCCCUGCUCGUCUUCCGACUUCCCUACUACAUUGGGUCUGAUCUGAUGUCUGCCAAAGAGGUUCUCAGUGGCAACGAUGAGGUGAUCGGCCAGGUUUUGAGCGUCAUGAAGACCCAGUCGGUUCCGUACACGGCCCUCUACACCGCCCUGCGACCCUCUAGGGGGGCGCCAUCGCCCGCCGUGGACGCAGCUCUGGGAGGAGGCCGCUCGCUCCUGCAGGCCCGAGGGGGAUACAGAGAUCGAGAAAGGGAGCGGGAGAGGCAGCGCAAAGGAAAGGAGAGGACGGGAAUCUACGCUCCAGUGGAGUUCAAGGAAGGUGACAACACCUGCAUCCUGCUGUGGGCUCAAGGCCUGUCAGUCAGCAUCCUGCGCAGCGGCCGCUGGGAGUCACAUGACCUGACCCCAUCCACCUUUGGCGAGGGCGUCACACCCAAACUUGAGGGAUCAUCUUGUGACAAAACCAAAGCACGGCUGGUGCUCAACUACGAAAACGUUCUCGGCCACCGCAACUUCAAGCUCCUCUUGUCCCUGAGCCAGCGCCACUACAAGGUGUCGGCCCGGCGCUGGUCCACGCUGGACUCGGUGGAGCUGGAGUACGACAGCACCAAGGCCACCUUCAACGGCAGCAGGAGCGUCUACGCCCCCGCCGAGUACUCUUACCGCUGCCAGUCUGUCACCAGCUUCCAAUGGCCGCUGCUGGUGCCGCGCUCGCCCAAAGACCCGGCCAACCAGUGGAGGGUCUCCUUCGAAGACUUCCAGAUCCAGGGCUUCAACGUGAAGGGAGGCGAGUUCUCCUACGCCUCGGACUGCGCCGGCUUCUUCUCCCCGGGCAUCUGGAUGGGCCUGAUGACCAGUCUCCUCAUGGUCCUAGUGCUGACCUACGGCCUGCACAUGAUCAUGCAGCUGCACACCAUGGACCGCUUUGACGACCCCAAGGGGCCGGCCAUCUCUGUGCCGCAGAGCGACUAACUCCUGGUUUGGUCAUCCUUCAACAAACACCCUUUUAAAUGUCGGAGUCUUUAACACAAGUCCAUGUUAAAAGAGGAAAAUAGAUAGAAAUUGUGUUUGUUGCUGUCUUUCUAAGGUGAUAUUUAUCUGUUUAUUGAAGGGAAUGCUGUCCAUGUCCAUGUCCGAGAAAUAUUUAUUUGACUUUGAUGACUGUGAAGUGGUUGUUGUUCAAUAAAAUGUCCCUGAAGAAA